AUGUCCAAGCGCGAGCUCAAAGACCUCGGGCCGGCGCUCGCGUAUCGCCCUACGCACCGCGGGCCGACGGUCACUGCGCGCGUGAGCACCGGACCGCCGGCGCCAAGGAAGAAGGAGGCUGUCGCCGAUGUAAAUAAGAAUAAGCGACCGAGGCGAGCUGCGGCGGAUGCAGCCAGUGGUGCGCUCGACGGCGCAGACACCGCGGUCGCGGAGCUGAAAGACGUGCACGCAUCGCAGUCGAUUGCGCUCACAUCCCAUGACGCGCUCGCUGCGAUGCUGUGGCCUGCACAUACUGUUGUGGUGACACUGCACACGAGCGAGCGGCCUUCGUGUCUGCCGGGAGGCGUGGUACAUAUUGGUGCGGCAUUCGACGACCGCGCCGACUUUGACGACGUCGCGAUGACGAGGCGCCUCGACAGGCUGUGCGCUUACACGUGGGCGGCCGACGCGGCACGCGUGGUCUUUGUCUGCCACGCUGGCGUCAACCGCUCGAGCCUCGCGUUGUGCUACUACCUCCAAAAGUACGGCCUGGUGGGCUGGCAGCAGGCAAAGGACGCGCUCGUUGCCGCCAAGCGCGGCGCCGCCAGCGGCUGGCCAACGCUGGAGAAUGGAGCGUUCGUGGCGUACCUCGCUCGGCACUUUGGGAGUGCGGCCUCCUCGUCCGCUGUUGGCGAUGGCGCUGCCUCCGCACCUGCCGCCGCAACUCCCGUAGCGCCGCCGCCACCGCGCUGGUUCUGGCGCACGGUUGCCACCGCGCGCCCGAGUACCGGCGGGCCGGGCGCCGAUCCGGAGGAGGCGGCGCGGCGGCGGCAAGAGGCGGACGAGCGCAUGCGCAGCCAAGGCGUCGACCCGCGGACGGGCCGCACUUGGGGCUGCUGGGAGCGCGGCCGGCCAGGUGGCAUCUGGGUGCGUGGAGUACCGGGGCAGCGAAGGCCGUGGGGCGAGUGUGGUUGA